AUGCAGGUUCCACUUCUGAUCUUAGACUAUCUGGAUGAGCUGAGUGGAAAUGAAUUCAAAAGGUUUCAGUGGAACCUCACUCAGGAAGUGCUGAGUGGAUGUAAGCCCUUUCGUAAGGGCCAGCUAGAGAACUCGGACCGGGAAGACAUUGUGAAUAAGAUGGUCGACAGCUACGGAGAAGAACCGGCUGUGAACGUCACGGCUGAAAUCCUGAAGAGGAUAAACCACAACAAUGCAGCGGACAAGUUAAAGAAGGCAUACGCAGAUGGGAAAACCCCUCCUCCUCCCUCCUCCUCCUCCUCUGACGUGGCUCCUGCUGCUGACGCCUCAGUUAGUGCCCAGGGUGGAAGUGUCAUUGUGGCUCCAACUAUCCAUGGCAGCGGCACUGGUGUGUCAUUUAAUAUGAACAUAAAAACACAGUAACUGUCUCCGUUGUUGAUUUCUAAUGGUUUUUACACCUUUUUAAAAUGUGAAUCAAAUUGUUCAUGUUGCUUAACUUGAAAAUGAAGCAAAAGCCUGUGUGAAGCUGAACAGCCUGAACCACCGCAGCGGUUUCAUUACAGCAAAAAAUGUCAGAGAUAAACAUUUCAGUGGUUCUUUAAACAAUCUCCUCAGUAGCUAUUACUUAACAUGGAAACUCUAUAGGACUCUGGCUGUGAUUUGAGUCUGUCUGUGAAGAAGCCAGUCACACGGCAAAUCAGAGUAGUAAUACAUUUGAAAUACUUACAGCAAAAACCGGUAAAUAAAUCACGUAGUCUAUUUUGAGGGGUUUCAUGCUGGGAAAAAGACUUUUCUAUUAUCAACUGGUUUAUUUGAAUGUAUACCAGAUCUAUCUCCAGAUCCAAGCUCUCUACAUUUUUACUGGUGUAUAAGAUGCACCCCACUUUUAAAU